UUAUCAGUUGCCGUUUGUUUAUAUUAUGACUGCGUUUUAAAAUGACUGUUAUUAGAAGUUAUAAUUGUGUUUAUUAUUCGGAGAAUAGGAAUAGCUUUUAUAAAGUUUAAAAAUUCCAGUCAUCACAUCUGAUGUUGUUUUGCAGUUAUGACACUUGUAGUUGCAGAUUGAAGAAACUCUUCCUAACUUCUUCAAGUGAAGAUUAUAUUAAACUAACAGGGAUGAUGAGCUACUCCUAUCUGCCGGUAGUCAAGUCAGUCUGGCUAGGAAAAUCUGGAAGCGUAAAAUAUAUGCCUUUGAUAUCAAAGCAUGUUGUACAGACUUCGAAAGUUAUGGCCCUAGUAAAUAAGAAAAUGUCAUCCUUAAAAAUUCCAUUGGACUACAUUGUCCAUCAAAGUGAAUCGCCAUCAUUAGAGAAAAAACUAUACGAGUUCUGCAGAGAGUACAUCAGUUUACCUGUAAAUGAAAAGAUGACGGUUUUAAAAGAAUUAGCAGUGAAGUAUGAUUUUGAUAAGGAGACUGUAAAAAAAGCAGCUGAGUCAUAUAUUUUUCUUAAGGACAAAAGUACUGGAUUACAAUUAAAAGCUGCUGAGCGCUUAAAAACAACUUUGAACCCUACUUACGGUCACUUCUUCAGCCGUAUUAGAAAAUUAGAUGGUGGAGUGAAGUUUCUAGUAGAUUUAAGAGCAGAUAUUUUAGGAAUGUUACCUUCUGCAGACUUUAGUGAUGAAACUACAGAUCACUUGAAGGCUCUCAAUAAUUAUUUAAAGGAAAUCUUAUCCUUUUGUUUUAAUGUUGGAUUUCUGAAUUUGGAACGAAUUACAUGGGACUCAUCCUGCCAUAUGCUGGAAAAGAUAUCCCAAUAUGAAGCUGUUCAUCCUGUAAGGAAUUGGACAGAUAUAAAACAACGUGUUGGUCCUUACAGGAGGUGCUAUGUUUUUACUCAUAAUGCAAUGCCAAAAGAGCCAAUAGUUGUGUUGCAUACUGCUCUAACCAAUGAAAUAUCAUCUAGUAUCACAGUAAGCUAUAACUUUUGACUUGUCUAUUGUACAUUACCGUGCAUCUUAGCUGUGAUGUGGAUAAUUUCCAAAUACAGUGGUACCUUGGUAUAUAUUAUUACGUGCUUACGGGUUCCAAAUAUAUUGAAUGCACACAGCUCCGAUGAUAGAGUAAUAAAUUUUAUUUUAUCAAAAUAAACACUUCAGAGAUCUGGAACUUCCCACAAAAAUAGCCAUACAGCUCUUUACAAUAUCACAGAGUGCAAUCAAUAGUUACACUUCAAGCUACUAUGAGCAUUAAACACAACAGAAUGCAAAGUGCAAUUAAAGAGUGAAGCUAAGUACUCUAAACUCACACAGAGCAAACAGCUAACAAGUGAGAGCAUGUGUUAUAUAGUUUUCACCCAGCUGCUGAGAUAUUUUUAGUGCUUUCUGCUUCUUGAAAUUACUUGAAGGCAAUGUGAGGGUCAAAUUAUGGUUACAGCUAACACAGUGAUCAAUUAUAUUUAUUCAGUUGCAAUUCAGUACAACUCCAAUUAUCUGAAUCACUGAUUAUCCGAACUGCUUUCAGGAUUUCAGAAUCAACUGAAGAAGAAAAGGAAAAAGAAAUGCAAGAAAAGAAAAAGGAAGAAACAGGACAAGAUGAGGAUGAUGUGUCACGUGAGGAAUUAAGAAACAUUCUUUUGAAAAUUCCUGAAUGUUGAGAAGUUAGUGCUGAGGAUAUAGGAGAAUGGAUGGUGUGUGAUUCAGCAGAUCCUGGGCUUCAAAUUCUAAAUGAUGAUGAACUUAUUGAAAGCGAGAGAGAAAAAAGUGUUGAGGAAGAAGAUGACCUUAAUGUCGAAGCUGAAGCAGACAUGAGACCGGCCUUGAAACUGCGUUGAAGUGGAUGGAGCGUCAGCCCAAGUGUGACAGCAUGCAACUUCUCAUUGUCAAGCAGGUGUGCGACUUGACUGCCUGAAAACGAAUGAAGGCAGUCAAACGGCAUACUUUGAGCACUUGUACACAUGCAACAAUACUUUCACACUAUAUAACAUGUAUGUAAAAGUGUUGUCUUUCAUUUUAAAAAAUCCAAUUAUCCGAAUGGAGUCUGGUCCUAAUUGAUUCGAAUAAUUGGAGUUUUAUUGUACUUAUUACAAUGAUACAAGAACCGGACCAGAAUGUCACCAAAUGGCCACCAAGUUUGGCGACUAUGGAUGA